AACGGCUCGCACUUCUUGAUGUGCUCUCUUCUCCCUCUUCUCCCCAACCACCAUGGCCUCCUCAUACACGCCACUAGACCAGCAGUCGUUCCCGGACCACUAUUACCCGACCAGGACCUUUGUCAAGAGGGAGGAGGACGCUGACCCAGCCACCCACCUCCGUCUCAGCUCGCCGAACCAAGAUCUCUCCUCGUUAGAUGCCCAGCAGCCCGCCUCCGCCCAUCCUUUCGGCCUCCCCCUUUCACAAUCCUCAUCCCGCUCCACCGCACAUUCAUCGCCCGCCAUCCAGGUCAUGCCCCCCAGUCUCAUCCGCCACACCACCGGCACGCAGUCGCAAGAAGACUCUCCCUCGUCUACCUUCAUGUCUACGCCCUGGACGAACGUCAUCCCCUCCCCCGUUAUUGGCGAUACCUCCAACGCCGCCUCCAAUCAGCACCAUGGCUCGCACAGUCCGGGCGAGGAGGACGACGACGUUACCCCCCUGGUCACCCUGCGUCCCGACAGCUCCUUGGAGGCGCCGGGCAUGUCGGGCUCACACGAAAAGAUGGUGCGGAGACGGAGCAGCAAAGCCUGCGAUCAGUGUCGCAAGUCGAAGUGCAAGUGCGAGCGGUCAGCGCAGGGGGACGACUGCAAGAACUGCGUGAUGCUGGGCGUCCCGUGCACGUUCCUUGGUCCCUCGCGCAAGCGCGGCCCUCCCAAAGGCUACAUCGACGCCAUUGAAGCGCGCUUGCACCAAGUCGAGGCGCUUAUUGGCAUCAUGUUAUAUUCAGCAGAAGUACGGAUGGACCGCGAGCACGGCGUCGUCGAUCGCGAGCCCUCGGAGCACAGAGACGAGCGCGCCGCCGGCAUCUUGAGAGACAUGGCGCAGGACCCCCUCGCGCGCGAGAUCCUUUGCAGAGUGGACAACUCUUCUUACGGCGUACAGGGCCGGAACAGGCAGCAGGCAGGCCCCAAAUUCCGCCAACAGGAAGACGAAGGAGCUUCGGAGUUAUCUUCGGCCUUGUCUUCCAUGCACCCGUCGAACGAAUGGCAAGACCGCGUAACUCUCAUGAUGCGCAAGACGCGCCGAGACGCCUCUGGCUCGUCCGCGCGGCAGGGAGCACCGCAUGUGCUGCGCAACAGCUCCGCGCCUUUCGGCCAUCGGUCCGGGAGCACGAGCAGCAGCGAGGACGCAGGCCCCCAUGACAGUAGCCGGCGGCAAAGGCGGCGCAUAGCGCACGACGACGGGAUGCUAACGCCUGGCGCGGGCGGCGAUCCCUAUGCGCGCCACAAUCUCCAUCGCAGCCAUCACAGCUUUUCGUCGUUGAGCGUGCAACCGCCGAACGAGCCGUACGUCUCCUCCGACGCGACUUCGCCCACCAGCCCAGCCUACCAACCAUCCUUCAUUCGCCGAAGCUCGCUUAGCAGCCGAUACCCCACCGUGCCGCAAUCGUCUUCGUACACGAGCGACGCCGAGGACGACGAUACCCCCGCCGCCGUCACGUCCGGCAUCGGUGAGCUGAGUCUAAACGAGGACGAGCAGGUCAGGUAUCAUGGUCGCGCUAGCGGGCUUCACCUGCUGAGUAACACGGAGCGCCACGACCGCCGGAAUGAGGGAGGCAUAUGGCGCUUCCCUAAGGCUCGUGUGUGGCCACCAGUCUCUAACAAGACGACGCGCAUGACGCUGGAGGCUGCGGACGAGGAGUACAGGUGCCGCUUACCUGAACUUCGGGUGCAGGAGGAGCUGCUCGACCUCUACUUCUCCUACGUUCAGACCGCCUUCCCCAUCGUUCACAAGCAGUCGUUCCUGGAUACUUUUAAGAGCAUGACGACGAGCGCGAGUCACGAGUCGCCCGGCUCGCCCGCUUCGGACCAUUCCCAAUCACGCUCACCCUUCAACCGCGGCCCCCCGCGCGUUCCGCUUCUUCUGCUCUUCGCGAUGUUCUCAAUUGCCGCACGGUACUCCGACAACGCCCCCGCGUCGGCCUCGAGCCGCGGGCUGGCGCCUUCGACGCAAGAGAUGUGGGACGCCGGCGACGAGUACUUGCGCACCGCGAAGCUCAUCCUGGGCAACACGUACUCCGCCUCACGGCCCUCGACUGUGCAGGCGCUGCUUCUCAUGGGGUACCGCGAGAUUGGCAUCGGCGCGAUGGCGGAGGCGUGGACGUACAUCGGGAUGGCGGUGCGGAUGGCGCAGGAUUUGGGAAUGCACCGCACUGCGGACGGCUGGUCGCGGACGCGGCUAGGGGGCAAGCUAUUCAGUGAGGAGGAGCUGUCGGAGAGGAAGCGCAUUUGGUAUGGCUGCGUCAUUAUGGACAAGUAUGUCUCGGCCUACAUCGGACGGCCCCUUGGAAUAUUCGAGCGCGACUUUGACACCCCACUACCUAGCGCGAACGAUCCCGAGGAAUACGAAGACUGCAAGCCUUACUCGUCGCUUUGCAGUCACGAGCGGAUGCGCUUGCAGGCUGUACCUGGCCGGUCCAUCUCGUGCUUCAAUGCCUCCGCGACGCUUUCGAACAUUCUCAGCAUGAUCAUCCAGGCUGUCUAUUCAGUGCGCUCGGGACCGACCCCCGAUGACGAGAUCCAGUACCUGGAAGGGCUUCUUGACCGGUGGUACAUCGCCCUUCCAGAGCACCUCCGCCGGGAUCCGGGCUUUGCGAACCAGACGGCGCCCCUGCCGCAUGUCCUCGCGCUACACAUGCAGUACUGGUGCGCGGUCCUUCUCUUGCACCGACCUUCGAUCAAGCAUAUCAAGAAGAACAGAGGGGCUAGUACGCUGGACGGCGCUGAUCUGGCCAGGUCGGAGAAGAGCUACGACCUGUGUGCCUCGGCUGCUAAUCAGAUAACGUCUCUUUUGACGAUGUAUGUGGACUACUAUCCCAUCAACCGCUGUCCGACGUUCCUCUGCUACUACAUCUUCACGGCCAGCAUCAUGCACGUCACUGCUUUGUCCUGGCGUCCAGAAGACCCGCAGGCGCGUAUGGGUCUCUCGAAGUGCUUGAGCGCGUUGCAGAUGAUGGAGGUCAUCUGGCCAGCUGCUGGCCGCGCCUUAGAGCUUCUCAGCGGCGCAAAAAUAAGCGCGCCCAACACGGACCAGCUUACGCCGCUGACGGAGCGACACAAGCGUCAGCCCGAUCAGUCAGUUGACGACCUGUAUCGUUCGCACGGCCAGAGCGAGGUUUACCGCGACAUCAUCCUCCGCGCGAACAACGGCACACUGCCCUACAUCAGCGACGAGGAGGCCUUCGCUGCGCAGGAGGGCUCCCAACCCUUGCCCGGCCCGUCUAGUCUGCCUAAUCUCUCCUUUGACCAGAGGUGGCCGCCGACUGAGCCCAUGCCCUAUUCGGGUAGCGUCCCGUCAACUAGCAUCUCGUCGUCAUUGCCUCAGAGCCUGUAUGGCGUAGGCACCCCAUCGCAUCCUCGCGUACCCAGCGGUGGUGAGCAGCAGCCCCACGGCCAGCGCUAUCCGCCGCAGUACUACCAAGAGCUGUCCGACUACCAGCUGAACCAGUACGACAAUUUCCCGGACCAGUUCAUGCUGCCGCCGCCACAGCCUCCCGCCGCGCAGCAGUAUCCCUCUCAGAUGUAUGGAUCGGAGUUCAAUAAUGUCUUUAAUCACUAAGUAAUCAUCGUGUACUGGGUUCUCUCAUGAUCCUCGUAGCUCUUCCUACCCCCUUUCCAUUACCCUCCGCUUUGCUAGUCAUGUCGCGUCCAACCGCGACCUCGCAUCCUCUUCCCUUCCCUCGGACUCUACUCUCCGCUUUCCCCUCGCCGUGUGUUGUAUCACUUAAUUCGAGCCGCUCUACGUUACUAUCCCUACUCUGUAGCUUUAUCUGCCCGUUUCCUGCUAUUGCAUGCUUUCGUCUAGGCUUCUGAUUGUAUAUCUAAGCACGAAUAAUUUGGUUUGCCUUCUACCAGA